AUGUCUGCUCCUCCUGAUUCUGCUUUGAAAGCACAAUCUUGCUUCUAUUGUUGGCUAGAAUUCUUCAAGGUUUCAGUGCUGUUUAGCAUCAAUUCUUGUAUUUCUUCAUCAACAGCUAUGGUCUGGACUGUAGGAUUAACAUUGGUAGUGGAAGCAGUUGGAUCCAAUAAACUUGGAUCUACCUUGUGGCGCAAGACUCCCCAUAAUAUUUGGUCAACACUCUUGAUUCUGGCUUCAAUCUUAUUAAGAUUACCACAAGAAUCAAGAGAAGGAUGUGAUCCUUCACUUGUAGAUGCAAGUAAAGCAAUUGGUGAAUCACAUAAAUUGUUUCCCAAUUUAUUUGGUCAUAAAGGUCCAUAUGGUCAACUACAUGUUGUCAAUAAUGUAGUCUAUAGUUUAGGUAUGACAAUGGAACCUUCAAUUUCAGGUGAAGUAGCCAAUCAAAUCAAUUAUGAAAAUUCAAUUGCAGUUGUGUCUUUACUUUGUUCAGUUUAA